GUUACAACAUAUGAUGUGACCACAUAUUACAUAUAAUUAUUAAAAUUUCUUGCAUAUUGAUGUGUAUAAUUAAUUUUUUUAAAUAAAUACAUUAAAAUGGCAACUCGUGAACAGGCAAUGAAACUUGGUUGUUCUGAGGUCUUAGAGGUGGAGAAAAAUGUUCCAAGUAAAUACAGUGAACAAAUUUUCAAUUUUUUAUUGGUGUUAGAUUUUGAAGCCACUUGUUGGAACAAGAAUGAAUGUAGUGCUCCUUCUGAGAUCAUAGAAUUCUCAGUGGUUCUAUAUGAUAUAAAGUUGUGUAAAAUACUAAAUCAAUUUCAACAAUAUGUAAUGCCUUUUGAGUACCCCAAGUUGAGCAAUUUCUGCACAUCUCUUACAGGUAUAACACAGAAACAAGUAGAUGCAGGAGUUCCAAUAGGAACAUGUUUAUUGCUUUUCAACAAUUGGUUAAAAGAUUUGUAUAAAAAGCAUAAAUUUGUUUUUGAUUCUAAAGAUGCUGAUAAAAAACAAUGUGCUUUUGUAACUUGGUCUGAUUGGGAUUUAGGAAUUUGUCUCAGAAAGGAAUGUAAAAGAAAGAAUAUUCCUAAAUCUGAUGUUUUCAAUAAGUGGAUAGAUCUGAGGGCAUUAUACAUGGAAUUUUACAAUAGAAGACCCAAAGGGUUGGAAGGGGCUUUAAGUGAAGUUGGUUUAAAAUUUGUUGGAAAGCAGCACAGUGGAUUAGAUGAUGCCAAAAAUACAGCUUACCUUGCAGGUAGAAUGAUAAGUGAAGGUGUUGAAUUAAGAAUAACGAAAUCUAUUUCAAAUUAAUAUUUAUUAAACAAAUUCGU